AUGGGAGAACAUUUAGGGGAUAAUGUUCUUAAAAAUUUGCCUUCAAAACAAAAGUACGCUAGUUUCGUUAAUGGUGAUGCUAAUUGCGAAAGUGCUUACUAUUACAAAGGUGUAACGGAUCUCAUAGAAAAACAGAAGUGGCAUAAUGAUGUUUCUGACAAAAUACUUAAAGCCUUAUGUUAUGUAUAUAAUAAAAAUAAGGGAAGUAACCUUAUCAGUGAUGAUUGUGAUUACCUGUACUUUUGGUUAGGUGAUAUAUUAGAUAAAAAUUUAACAGAUAGAAGUUCUUUUUACACUGUUAUGGGAACACUUAAUUUUUUUCUAAAAAGUAGUGCUGAUCGUAGUAUAUGUAAUUAUGAUAAAUAUUAUAUAACUUACCGUAAUUUUAUGGAUACUAAGAUAUUGUUUGAUUUUUCGAAAGACUAUAAAACACUUGAACCAUAUUUUCGCACACCUAAUAAGACUUGUAAUGAUUCUUUUAAGUUAUAUCUUGACGCAUGUGUCACAAAAUAUAACUCUUACAAAAAUAUGUAUGAUGAAUCCAGUUGUACGGAUGCGACUUGUAUUGCUUUCAAUGAAUAUUUUAAUGACAAGAAACAAAUGAACUUAAUUGAAUGGACAUGCAACCAAGUACAGAAUGUAGAUAGUUCCGCAAAAGAGCAACAAUAUUACGAUGGAGAAGUGGAAAAAUCACAUUCAUCUGGAGAACUACAAAGUGUAGGGGUACUGUCUAGAGCAGAUCAGGGAGUAUAUGAGGUAGACACACAUGGGGUAGAUAUACCUGAUAUACAGAAAGAUGUGCUAGAUGCAUCUGGGGUACAGACAUAUGUAGAUGUACAAAUAGAAGUUUUAAGAAAAGGGACACAUCAUCAUAUAGAUGAAAUCAAACACACGAUUUUAUUUGAAGGACAACACAAAACAUAUACACAUUCAGAAGAUUCUUAUUCUAGUAUUAGAGAUUCAGAAUUCGACACUAUUUCUGCUUUUUCAGAUGAUCAUUCAUCCUACACUUCCUCAGAAAGCAUAGUUAUUGCUCCUUUCGUUAUAGCAAUUACAGUUUUUUUUAUUAUACUGUACAAAUUUACUACAGUUGGGUAUUGGUUAAAAAGGCUCUUACUAGGAAAAUCUAAGAGGAAACCUAAUAUUAUAAUGGAUAAGAAUAUAAUGGAAGAUUAUUCGAUUUCUGAAGGUACAGAACCCUCCAGAAGAUUUAAUGUGGCAUACAAUAAUAUAUAA